AUGAAGCUUAUUACUGUCGUCCUCUGGGCUUCCAUGGUUUCCCAAAGCUCUCAGCUGAACUGCCUGAAUCAGCCAACAUACUUCAGGCGUCCAGAAUAUACUGACAUCUCAGUUGAAUGUGGCACCACUUCAGUUAACUUGGCUAUUAUUGCCUGUCCCGCCUUCUACACUGGCUACAACGAGUCUCUGCUCAUCAUUAACAACGUACAAAACAAUCCAGAUUGCCGAGGAACAUUGGAUGAGUCAGUCGUCCCGGCUGUUGUCAGGUUCACUUUCACCCUCAACAAGACCUAUUCAUGUGGCAGCACCUUUGUGACAAUCAACACAGUUGGAACAGGCCUGUAUCAAGACUUCUCCAACAUCCAGAUGGUUAAUGUCAGCGGUAUUGUUCGGUCUCGUGAUCCAGCCACAGGGACAAUCACUUAUAACGCUGAACUCAAAUACUUCUAUUCCUGUGCUUACCCACUGCAGUAUUUCCUCAAUAACACCCAGAUGGAUGUGUCAUCGGGUUCCAUUGCAGUGGAGGACAACAAUGGAAGCUUCAUUAGUACUUUGAGCAUAAAACUCUACAGUGACAUCAACUACAUCACACCUCUGCUUAUACCGCCACUCGGCUUAGAGCUGAGAACCACCAUCUUUGUCCAAGUCCUCGCAUCCAACUUGACUGACCGAUAUCACAUCCUGCUGGACCGAUGCUAUGCUUCCAUUGGUCUUCAUUCUGAGAAUUCAUCUUCCUUCAACCUAUUUGUAGGAUGUGACAAGGACCAACUGACCACCAUAUUUGAGAAUGGGAAAAGUCAGCACGCCAAGUUCUCCUUCAAGACCUUCAGAUUCAUUGAACAGCAGAAUGAGACUAAGUCCACCUACUAUCUGCACUGUAUCACCAGACUCUGUGAAAGAGCCACCUGUGCCACCUUCCAGCAAUGCAAAAGCAGGAGGAAAAGAGAUAUUAGUGCCACCGGAGUUUCAGACCCCCAAACUGUCUCCACAAAAAUUGUCACCAAGAAUGAAAACUCACCAAUGGGACCUCUUCAGGAAGCUCAGUCCAACAGCAACUUUGAAUCCACAACAGGUCUUGCGGUUGCUGUGGGCAUUCUCGCUGUAAUUGUUUUCAUCGUUCUAGCUUUGGCUGCCGUCCUGUAUUGGAGGAACAGACCCUUUUAA